UGUUGUUUUUCUUGUUGUUGACCAUCAAACAUUCGAAAAAAACGAAAUUAUCAUCAUGAAAAGAAUCAAAGCAUUAAAUGAUAAUGAAUCCGAAUCAUCGGAUAAUUCAACCGAUGAUUCAGAUUAUCAAACAACAAAAGAAGCUGAAGAAGAAGAAUUGAAUGAUCUUUAUAUUAAUGCACUUAGAUUGGCUGCAAAUGGUAAUAUUAUUGAUGCUGAAAAUUUAUUAUUACGUUUAAAAGAAGAAUUAGAAUGCGAUGAUCAACCAAAAAUUAAAGAUCCAUAUCUAUUGAAACGUUUAAAAUAUCUUACAUAUAAAAAUCUUGGUUUAUUUAAAAAUAAUUUGGAUUAUAUAUUGGAUGCAUUAGAAAUUGAUAAUACUGAUAUUAAUCUAUGGUUGACAUGUGGUCGAAAAUCACGCAAUCAACGAAAUUAUUUUCUCGCCAAACGUUGUUUUGAACAAGCAUUUAAUUAUAAUUCAUCCAAUUUUGUUGCCAUUGAUAAUCUAAUUGAUCUUUAUUUUAUAACGGAAAAUCUUUAUCGUUGUUCAUGUAUUUGUUUACGUGGUCUUGAUUUAAACCGGGAUUAUUUGAAAGCAAAAAUUCUUUUAAAUGAAUGUAUACGUUUAAUGCCACCAAUUUUAAAUGAUUUGGUUAAUAAUGAACAUAAAUCAUACAUAACAACUGUAUUGGGUGGUGAAAAUGAAGAAUUUGAUUCGAAUGAACAAUUAAUUCAAUUGGUUCCUCGAAUACUUCGACCAUUAGAACAAUUAAAAUCAGAAUAUUUUCAUCGUGAUGGUGAUGAAGAUCAACAUUCUGGAACAAAACGAAAACGUUUACAAUUAAAUCUGAAUCCCGUUGAACAUUCAACAUUUGAAAAAAUUGGUGAAGAAAUUCGAAACAUUUAUGAUUCCAUACAGCAACAUUCGAAUGUUUGUGCUACGGUUUCAAUCAAUUUUGACAACAGUGAUGGUCAGAAUCAUUCGAUAACAACAACACCGAACAAUUCUGAAAACGACAAUAACGUCACAUCGAUGGAAAUUGAUGGUGAAAAAAUGAAAAAAUCAACAACAACCGAACAACAAAAUAACAGCCGUAAUGAUAAACAAUUGGUUUAUGAUUUUGUUGAUAAACGACGUUCAUCACGUGUUAAAACAAAAUCAAAUAAUAAUAAUCGUAAUACAAUUGAUUCGGAUGAUGAACAAAAUGUUUUUGAUUUAUUAAUGAAUCUGUUGCCGGAUUAUUUGAAAAAUGAUCAGGUAUCAGCAACGACCAAAUUAUCAACAGCAAUUGAAACGGAAAAUAUAUCCAGUAAUUCGAUUAGUAUAAAUGAAAAUUUAAAAAUUGAAUUGGAAGCGAUUGAAAUGUUUUUCGAUAAACUUCGAACAUAUCAAACGAAUAACCCGAUGUUGAACAUAUUGGAUAUUAUUGAUUUUUAUCUGGUUGAAGUUUCAAAAAUUCAAAAUUUAAAUAUACCGAAAAUUUUUAUGUCACUGUACAGGAUACACAGAGAACAAAAUCAACUUCCACUCGGUAUCCUUUGCCAUAUUGGUCGUGAUAUAACCGUCGAUAUGAUUAUGGUUUGUUUGAUUGCAAAUGAAAUUGAUUAUCAACGACAAGAAAUUUUAUUUCUAAAAGAAAUUCUUAUCAAACUUUAUUUUCAUCUUAACAUUCAUGAAUAUCGUUGUUUUUUAAUUCGGUUUUUUGUACUUUGUGGUACAAAAGAAUUAAAUAUUGAUUAUCUACAAUAUGCGCUGGAUUUUUGUCAAAAUGAUUCUAAAUAUUUUGUACAUUUUGCAAUGGGUGAACAUUUUUCAGAUAAACAAGAGAAAUCGAUUGCGACCGAGGAUAUGUUCGAAGUGUUAGCAUCAAAUAAUUUACAUAUAAAUGAACAAUAUAUAAAAACAUUGAUCGAUAUGCAAAAUGUUUCAAAAUUAAAUAAUGAUAAUAAUAAUGAUAAUGAUAAACAUAAUUAUGUUGAAAUAAUACGGUUAUGUUUUACAAAAAAUGAAAUCGAUCUAACGAAUGAUGAAAAACAAAAACUUUAUGAAGCAAUCAUACAGGCACAAAUAUGGCAAAAAGCAAUUGAAUUUUUUGAAAAUUGGUCAAAUUUUGAUGAUGAUUGUUUGAAAAUUAUAUUACGUUGUAUAAAGGGAAAUGAUACGAAUAAAAAAGUACAAUUAACAGGAAAAUUAUUAAGAAAAAUUGUUAAAUAUGCAAGUGAAGGUAAUUCAAUUUUACCAUGGCUUAUAUUGCAGGCAAUAUUUGAUGAAAUUAUAGAAAAAUCUGAUGAUGAUUAUAUUGAAACAUCAUCCACAUCAUCAUCAUUAAUAAAAUUCUAUCAAAUUGGUCAUAAUAUUCUUGGUCGUCGUGGCCUUUGUACUAGUCAUAAUGGUCAAUUUCUUUGGUCAGCACAGAAAAUUUUUACCGAUUUUGAUAUGGAUGAUGAAGCAUUACAAUGUUUUUCCUGUUUAUUUAAUUUUCCACCACAACAACAAAAAAUCAGUAUUUCAUCACAACAAGAUUAUCAUCAUACAUCACCAAAUAUUGAAUUGAAAUGGGAACAUUGUCCAGAAAUUUAUCUGUAUUUUAUUCCAAAUUCAAUGCCUGAAUUUGAUAGUAAUCCACGACAUUCAGGUAUUACAUUGGAAACAAAAGAUUUUUUUCUUAAAAUUCUUAGCCUUAUACCGGAAUCGGAAAAACCUAAACAUACAAUUGAAAUUAAUAACUAUAUUAAACGUGGUACACCAUUACGAUCAUUUUCUCAAAACAAUGAAGAAGAAUCAAAUUCAGUAACAUCAACAUUAUAUUAUCUAUUGGCUGAUCAUCAUUUUAAAUCAAAAGAUUUUGCAAAAGCAAAAUAUUUUUAUAUAAAUGAUUUAUCAUUAAAUCCAGAACGUUUUGAUUCAUGGGCUGGUUUAGCAUUAUCAAUAAAUUAUCAAGUUGAUCAAAUGCUAAUUGAAGGUAUAAAUACAAAUGGUGAAAAAUUUUAUCAAACAUCAUAUUCAUCAAUGAAAUGUUUUGAACAAGCACUUUAUCUACAAUCGGAUAAUAGUAAAUUAUGGAUUGAAUAUGGUAUAUUAUGUUAUAAUAUUGCAAGUAAUUGGUCACGAUUACAAAAAAGAUUACAAAUUUUUGGUACGGAACAUCAAGAAUUGAAAAUAAGUGAAAAUAAUUUUUUUACCUAUGAACAAAUAUUGGAAAAAGCAAAAAAAUGUUUUGAAAAAAUUAUCGACCCGGAUAUUAAUAAUGAAGAAUCAUGGUUAUCAUAUUAUAUGUUGGGUAAGGUGGCUGAAAAAUCUAACACAAAUGAUUUAUUACAAAUAUUACAAUAUUAUGAAUGGGCAUAUUUAAAUCUGUAUCUGGAUGGUGCAACAUAUCCAAAAAAAAUAAAUUAUUUUGCACCAUCAUUCCUAUCGAUCGAAGCAUUAGAAAUACAUUAUCGUAUACAUUCAGUAAUAUUAAAAUAUUUAUUAAAUAAUAGAAAAUUUACAGCAAGAAUGUUAAGAAAUCUGAAAUAUCAAUUGAUAAAAGUAAAUAAAUCACCAUUUAUAUUGAGGAAAUCAUUCAAUUCAUCAUCGGUGAAUGGUUUAUCGUCGUCGUCAUCAUCAUCGUCUGCAGCCAGAAGACAUCAUCAUCAACAGCAAACAAUGAAUGAUUUAUCGAAGAAUAAUUCACAAAAUUCAAAUGAUUCUCGUUCAUCAACGUCAACAUCAACAUCGACAAUGAUGACAUCGGAAAUUGAACAACCGGUUAUACCGAUCAUAACCGAUUUAAUCGAUAUGGUAUCUGAACGUGAUCAAAAAUUUGAUCAUAAUCGUUAUCGUAAUGAAUUAAUAUCAAUGUGUUUAAAAGGGAUAAAAAAAUGUUUAGCACGUUAUAAUGCACAUUAUAAAUCAUAUUAUCGUUUGGCUUAUUAUUAUUAUUCGAUACGUGAUUAUUAUACAGCCAAAUUAAUAAUGUUUGGUGGUGGACAACAAAAUAAACAGAAUGAUUUAUUACGUUUUGAAAUUGAUCCGGAUAAACCGAAUUCCAAUCCUGGUUAUAUUAAUGGUCUGUUUUUUGAUCGUAAACCAGCAAAUUUCUACAAUGGUAUAUGGCGUAUACCUAUCGAUGAAAUUGAACGUGCCGUUUAAUGGCAAUUGGUUUGUAUAAAAAACCUGAUCCGGAUAAAAAAUUUGUAAAUCAUAAUGAACGAUUAUUGCUAUCCCGU